AUGAUUUUUGGUUGUUAUUGCUUGGAAGGAGUCGCUGACUGCGCAGUUAUGCUUGCUAGCUCAGCGAUUGUUAUUCUUAAUACAAUUUAUUUAUUGCUUUCUAUGCUAAAAGGAAUCAAGAAUAGACGCAGUAGCUCUGUCAGAUCUUCAAUUAAAUAAAUCCGCGGUGCUGAGCGCAAAAUGUGCUAUUGUUUUAAGAUAUUCGGAACGGUAUUCCUCCUGUUUAUUAGUGUAGCUCAAUUGUUGGUAUGGGUAAUAAUUAACAAUUCACAGCAAUCAAUAAUUCUUAUCUAGAUGUUUGCAGUUAAUAUUAUAUCAUGCGCAAUUUGGAUUUUUGCUCUUAUUCUAGAUAAAAAAUAUAAAGGAUAUACUUAACCUUUGACUUUAAUUAAUAUGCUAAUUAAUUUGAUUUGCAAUAUAUGCGUAGCUCUUCUCGGAUCAAGAAAUUCUUUAGAUAAUUAGGAUGACGCUGCUUUUUAUUUAUAUUUGGGAUUCAUAGCUGUUUCGGGAAUAUAUCAAGUUUACAUGAAGGUGUAUUAGAGGGACUUUGAGUAGAUUUCUUUGGAUGAUAUAGACUCCAAAAAGUCAAGUACUUUCAGCAUAGAAAAUUAAAGAAAAACUACUUCUAAUAACACUGCAGGUGAACCUACUGGAAUCGAUGGCAACUAGAGCAGCUUACAAGAUAAGCUAUUAUCAGAAGAAGAAAAUUACGAGUAAGUAAAGAUUGGAAAGGCUAACUCCAAAUCAGGUAAUAGUGAAAACAUAAAAAAAGGGAAAUCAAAUAAUGAUGCAAAUAAAUAAAAGAACAAAAUAUAAAAUCCAGAGUAAUAUGAUGAAAAAAAUCAUGUUAAAUCGCAAAACCAAUAAAGUAACGAAGAUGCUAUUAUUAAAUAUGCAGAGGGCAAUUGUAUUGAAGAAGAAGAAACAAAAAUAUGUAAAUACAGAAUAGAAAAUAUCAGAAUAGAAAAGUUUUUAGAGACUAUAAAAUACUCAAAGAAAACUAUUAUCUACGAAAUUAAAUGCACUUAUAAAGGAAAAAUCUACUCUGUAAAAAGAAGCUUCCGUGAAUUCGGAGCACUUAACUCCCAAAUGAAAUAAAAAUAUAAGGAUUAGAGACUUCCUCCUUUCCCAUAAAAGAAAGCCUAGAAUUCGAUCUUGACAUAUAAUGAUUUAGAAGAGAGAAAGAAACAGCUUUCUUAAUACCUUUAAAGUUUAAAUUAAGUGUGUGAGCCUGAAGAGUUAAUUGUUUUUAUGACUCAAACUGACUAACAGCCCACUUCUCCCACUCAAUAUCACCAAUAAUAAUAGAUGAGGAAUGGCUAAAAAAAAUCCUCAUUUGGAGAAGAGCACAAUCAAACUUUCAAUUCUAGCUAAAGCAAUAACUACAAUGUCCCAGAAAUUAUUUGGGAGGAAGAAGAAGAGUUAAAUGUAUCAGUUUGCAGUAAAGAUUGA